CGUAGCAUCGUCAGGAACUUCAGUCUCAUGAUUCCUGACUCCAAAAACGAAACCUUAAACAGCUAUGCCGUGCAGAAACAUACAUAUGUACAUAUUACAUACGGUUUGAUUUCACAUCCUGUUUGCUUUAUUGCACAAACAAAACAGCCAGAAACUGCAAUUAUUUUCCUCCUGUACUGUAUUGCGAAUGCUGCUUCAGAUGUCAGUUGUUUUGUUUUUUUCUUUCUCAGGCAAUGUUUUCCUGGCAGGAGGCAGCAUGAUUGAAUUCUUUGUUCAAACAGGGAACACAUCUUACAUUCCAGUUCACAAUUAAUCUUCAUACCAGUGUCCAGGGGGUUUAUUUUUACAAGAAGUGUCAACCCAAAGUCAAGGCACGAUCCAACUACAGACCACAAAGCAUUAAGCAGAUUUGGAGCGGUCCAUCUUUAUGCGAAGAGGCGAAGAGGACGUGGUUAUUCCCAUACAGAACAGUCUGACUUUGCAUUUUCUGACUUUUUGGCUGUUUGUAGAAGGUCAUUCCUUGCAUGUAUGCUUGUCAACAGCAUCUGUCGCGUUGAAUUUAAAUGUUUUGGUGACGUCAGGGGACUGCUGGAACUUUGGCAGCUCUAGGCCCUAUAUAAAAGCGCUCGGACAGAGCGAGCUCCAUAGAGUGGAACAGAGAAGGGGGAGGGAAAAAUCGAAGUGUUGUGAUAAGAUACCGGAAUGGAGGUGUCUAUUUAAGUGGUGUCAUGUCUCUGGCACGUACCAACACCAUUCUGGACGAGCUGUGUUUUCUGUUUGGGUUGGAGGCACAACGACACCUCAGAGAAGCCUUAAGAGGAGUAAGAUAGGAGGAACUGAAAUAGCUGUUCUGAUAACUUUUGGUCAGUGUGACCCAAGGCUUCUUUCUCUUGCCUUUUGUCUUGCCCCUUAGCUACUAUACUGACCGCGUUUCACUCCAAUCAUGAGUAAACCGGCAACUUUGGCCACCUGCAUUGCCAAGAUGUACGAAGGUGCCAAGCUGGACAACUCUGGAGCUGCAUCUGGAACACCAAAGAAGACCAAUUCGACUCUUCUGGGCAGUCUGGGUCACAUUGAAGAGAAGAUAAACCUCCUGGAAGGAAGGGUUGAGCAGAUCACAAACACACAGAGUUUAAUGCUUCAGAAAUUAGAGUCGGUUUGUAAAGGAAUGGGUGUGUUGGAGAGCAACUUUGCGCAACUCAGACAAGACAACGCUGUAGGACAAACUUCUGUAAAAGUUCCUCUCAGAGAACGAGGCGUGAAUGACUCAGCUGUGAUCGCUGAGGUCAGAUCCCUGUGUGGAGAAACGGUGGCGCUGUUGAUGAACCUGAAACAAGAAGGCCUGCUGCAGAGGAAGAAAAUCGAGGGGAUCGAAGGUUCAGUGUCCACCCUGGGUAACGUGCUGGGGUACGUGGGCGAAGCUUUUCGCAGCUCAAAGAUAGUGGAGUUCAUUCUCAAUGGAGUUGUGCCUUGGAGGAAGCAAGGCCUUCUGGAAACAACCGAGGAUGAGAAAAAUACAUCAGACGGCGAAGCCACGAAGGCCAAAAGCUCUCUGUGUCACACAGGAACCCAGGCUCCAGAGGAAAUUAAUGAGCAACCUGCAGUCCCACACAAGCAACAAGAGCAGAAAGUCAAGUCUCCGGCCCCGGGCUCCUCUCCAGCAGUAACAGCAGAAGUUCCGGUUCUUAAAUCCCAGCGCAGACCGAAGGAGGUGACGCUGAAGAGCAGAGAGCCGGGUCGAGUCCAGGCCUUUGCUCCCGAGAGCCCGAGUGACUCCGAGGUGGCCGAAGCGAACGCAGAUGAUAAAGCCUGGCCUGUGAAGAGCGUCUCCAUCACUGCAGAUUCUCAGCUUAAGAGCAAAACCCCAGAAAAACACGAGGCUCCCGAGCAGACGGACUCUCCUGCAGCCGCUGUCCCGCCCUCCUCGGACACUUUAAUUAAAAGAGAGGAGCUGAAUCAGCAGAGGGAACGUAACGGAAAAGCUAAAGAUGUCCCUGAAGCCGAACCGUGUCACACAGCGAAGCCGAACCUGCCAAUCACGGGAAAGCUGGAACAGAAGAAGACAGCUGCUCUGGAAACUCCAAAGCUGAGAGAAGCUGAACACGAGCCAAAACCCGAACCGCUGACCCAGAAAACCGACACCAAGGCCGCAGAUGUGGUUCUGGAAAAGCCUACGACACUCCAGAACAAACCCGAGUCUACGACACACCAGAACAAACCCGAGCCUUCAAAACAUGUCAAAGCAGCGAGCUCUUCACCACAGAGCGAGGAUCAGUCGAAAUCGACGAGUCUGGAGUUACAGUUUCCUAUCAUUGAUGACUGUCCUCCUUGUCCAGCUCCGUUCGAGCACCGCAUCGUCAGCGCCAAGCAGGUUACCCUCGGCUCUUAUUACGCAGUGGAACCCAACAGCUUGCUGGGAGGGGGGCGUUUCGGCCAGGUUCACAAGUGCGCUGAGCUUUCGUCAGGUCUCACUCUGGCUGCCAAGAUUAUAAAAGUGAAGGGGAUGAAAGAAAGGGAGGAGGUGAAGAACGAGAUCGGAAUGAUGAACCAGCUCAGUCACGUAAACCUCAUUCAGCUGUAUGACGCAUUCGAAUCCAGGACAAAUCUCACCCUUAUAAUGGAAUAUGUGGAAGGUGGAGAGCUGUUUGAGCGAAUUGUAAAUGAACAGCACCAGCUGACGGAGCUGGACGCCAUCGUGUUCAUGCGCCAGAUCUGUGAGGGAGUGCAGUAUCUCCAUCAGCAGUACAUCCUGCAUCUGGACCUGAAGCCUGAAAAUAUACUGUGCGUCAGCAGCACAAGCAACCAAAUCAAGAUCAUCGAUUUUGGCCUUGCUAGAAAAUAUCGACCCAGAGAGAAGCUGAAGGUCAACUUUGGGACUCCAGAGUUCUUGGCACCUGAAGUGGUGAAUUACGACUUUGUGUCUUUCCCUACAGACAUGUGGAGCGUCGGCGUCAUCACGUACAUGCUUUUAAGUGGCUUGUCACCUUUCCUGGGUGACAACGAUGCCGAGACGAUGAACAACAUCCUUCAUGCCAACUGGGACUUUGACGCCGAGGCGUUCGAGAACGUGUCUGAAGAAGCGAAAGACUUCAUCUCGAAAUUACUCAUCCCUGCAAAAUGCAGUCGACUGAGCGCCUCAGGCUGUAUGAAACACAGCUGGCUGAAUGAUCUGGAGGAGAAAGCCAAGCGACACCGAGUCCGACUCAAAUCCCAGAUGAGGCUACAGCGUUACCUAGCAGCUCAUCGACAGUGGAAGAAGCACUUCUACGCAGUGACCGCGGCUAACCGACUCAAGAGGUUCCAGCAGAGCAGGUCCAUCAGCACACCGUGAUUCCUCCAGACAUCCAGGACCUGGGAGGAGGAGAAGACGGACAUUCCUUUCUUCUUCACAGUCAUAUGGGCUUCACGUGUGUGUGUGUGUGUGGAGGCGACAGGGCGAUGAACGUGGCACAAUCCAGUACCAUGUGGAGCGUUUAUUUCAUUUCAUUUUCUUUAAUUGGAGUUAUAAUGAAAGGAACUGCGUCUGAUCUUAUUGUAGUGAAUAUUUUUAAUGGCCACUGUUUGAUUUUUUGUUUUCAACACAACCACUACAGAUUUCUCUGCCACUCUAGCAUGGAAAACUCUCUCUCCCUUCUGUGAAGGUGUUUAUUAGUAUUAUUAUUAUUUUCUUUGCACUAUAUUCAAAAUAAGCUUCUUUUAGUCUCCCCUCGUGGUGGUUUAACAGCCGAGUUUCUCCACUCUUGUGAUACACUCCUUCAGUUAUGCAAUAAAACUCCUGUAGACACUUCUGGCGCUUGCAGUUGCUGAAGGAUUUAUUUAUUUUCUUCCUGAAGAAAACGAUCUCCUACGCAGAUGAAGCCAACGUCAGCUUCCAAACCGUGGCGAAUAAACAUCAUCCCAGAAGAUGCCAACUCUUUAGUGACACAUCUCCUCAGAGCUCCCUGGAGAAUGAUUUUUUUCCACAGCGAAGACUGCUUGUGGUUUAUUUUUAAUGCUUAGAUUUUGAACACAAAGCUUCCUAAGCUUCAGUUCUCAGGUUUAGAGACACUCAGGAUUAUUCCACAUUAAAAAUAAGAAGCACUGUUUGUGUCUUUACAUAAUUAACAAGGCAUAAAAACACCCCCUUAAAUUCCAACAGUAUGAAUAUGAAUAUAAGCUCCACCCCCUUUUAUACAUUACUCCUCCCUCUUUAUCUGGCACAGCACUGCUGCCUGGCUUCACACACUCACCACAUUCUCUCCCCCUCUCUCUUCAUAACUUCUCUCUC